AGCAAUUCGGGCUCAAGCUUCGCUCUGCGUGCGCUGCACCGCCCACAUAGGAUUCUGCCGAGAUCUGCCACCAGUGGCACCAGUCAUGGAGCGCGUGGAGCUUGGGGAGGUCGGCGGCGAAGCGAGCGGGUCGGAGCAGCUCUUGGUCCAGGACGCUCGCGCCCCGCGCUCGCCCUGGCGAAGGGCGGGCGGCGCUGCCGCGGGUGCGCUGCUCCUGGCCGGCGCCGGCGGGGCGGCGGCGCAUUUUGCGCUGCGCGGGGCGGCCUCGGGCGCGGGCCCCCGCCAGGGCAAGGUUCAGACGAUUGGCUUUCCCGCGCGCGACCAGUGCUCGAACUGGGACGAGGACUGCUUCAGCACGGGGUGCUGCAACGUGGCGGGCCUGACCUGCUUCCAGACCAAGGCAGGCAAGGGCGAAUGCCUGAAGAACUGCACGCCCAGCGAUACCAAGCUCUGCAACCAGCCGCAAGAGAUCAUGGAGCCGGUCUUGGUGGAUGCUGCAGUGUACGACCCGACGCUGUAUUGCUUCGCGAUAGUUAUGCAGGACAUCGGCAGCACGAAGAAGUACUACGAUCUGGAGCUGCUCCAGGGAGCGUAUGACAAGGGGAUUGGCAUCUUUGGUUGUGAUUCCUGGGGGGUCUUCAGCGACGCAGAGGCCGAUCUUGCGCCCGGCGUUCCAGUCACGAAGGUGGAUGACGUCGACGGGGACUUCCACUUCGCGAAGCGGGAGGAGACUGGCACCUGGCUGAACACUGGCUUGCACUACCAGGCUUGGAAGGCAAUUCAGGCAGAGGGAAAGUAUGCGAUUGCGAACUGGGUCGUGAAGCUCGAUGCGGACGCGGUCAUGAUCACGAGCCGGUUGAGGUAUUGGCUGUCAGACAAGUACGUCCCGCCUCAGGGCAUCUACCUCGAGAAUUGCCAAUACGUCAAGUAUGGUUGGUUCGGCAGCCUGGAGAUCUUCUCGAAGGUCGCGUUCGAGACGCUCCUGGGAUCGAUGGCCUCUUGCAAGAACGGUGGGAUCGACUGGAAGGUGGGCAUAGAUGGCGGCAAGUACGGGCCCAUGGGCGAGGAUCUGUUCGCGCAGACCUGCCUGGACGCGAACGGCGUCAAGCGCGGCAUCGGGUACGGCUCCAAGCUGGACGGGACGUGCGAGGCGGACCGGCCCCUCUCUGAGAAGAAGAACAAGAAGUGGAAGCCCAAUUGUGACACCGUCGCCACCACGACAUACCACCCGCUGAUGAAGCCGGAGGACUGGUGGGCGUGCUACGAGGCCACCAUGAAGGCCUUCCCGGUGUACCCGCCCCCCUGACCUCGGCGGCGGCCCCCUGGUGUGAAGCCGGGCCUGCCCCUCCACAGGAGGAGUGCUCGAAAACAGGAAAAAAAACAGUCCGGGGACGGUCUUUGGAGUUUUUUUUGGGACCCUUCUGGAGCAGUUCGCCCAGAGAUCCCCCUGCAGGGGGACAGGCCCGAGCUGGCCCUCGCGGCGCCCUCGCGGCCCGCCGCCCCGCGGCGCCCGCCGCCGCGGGCCUCCCCGCGGCCGCCCGCCUGCCCGCCCGGAAGCGGGCGUGCUGCCGCGGGGUCCCGCGCUGCCCUUCGUCGGGCGGUCGCGCGCGCCUUCUUCUGUUCGCUCCCCCCCGCGGCGCGAAGGCGCCCAUCGCGCGGGCGCGCGGGCGCCCGUGCGAUCGGGCGAGGGGAGCCCCCGACGCCCGCCCGUCCAGCGCCGGGACGGCCGCCGCCGCGCCAAAGUCUGCACGGCGGCACGCCUACACGUGUUCUCCCCCGGCGGACGGGCCCCGAUUUCUGGCCGGGGCGUCGUGCCUCUACACGAGGUCGAGAGGUCGAGCGGUGCUUCCAAGCUCUUGGGCGAGAGGCGCAGUGGCUUGAAGCUUGAGUCUCCCUUCACCUUGGCGCCAGAGUGCGUACCCUAGGCAUUUUUCCGGAUGGGCUGUCAAAGACUUGGAGGUCGAAUCGAGUUUGCGAGCCCCUGUGUGAGAGGCAGAGAGGCUUGAAGCCUGUUCCCCUCCAUACGAGCCGUCUUGUUCAUCACGAGGAAUCUCUCUCCUUGAGAGCUCGUGCCGCCAAUCGCAAGGCGCCCCCUUGCUAAUUCGGUAUGCCGGCUUCGACGCUAGUCGUUUUCAGCUCGCCUUCACCACGAUGCGUUGCGCAUUCGCGUCCAGUGUGCCGACCGCUGGCUGCAACGCACUCUACCAUACCAUUGCCGUGGUUUUGGCACCACCCAGACAUGACCCAUGUUGCGCGUGCGCCUACUUGCGACUGCAUAGAG